CCCUUCGCCCGGCCCCCGCGCCGCCGCACUGCAUGCUGGGAGUCGUAGUCCCGGUUUGUUUUGCCCGGAGGGAUCGAAGGGCAUUGGAGUCCAGCUUGCCCUCGAGCUACUAGAGGUCGCGUUCUUCCGCUGCUCCCUUUCGUUCUGUCGGGCGGAGCCUUCCGUGAGCACGGCUGGAUUUGUCUGUGCUACCGUCUCUCUUCUGGGUUUCAAUAAAGUUUUCCUCUUCCUUACCCUGUACGGAGCUCAAGAUGGCGGCCUCUUGGUCGCCCUUGGUUACCCUGCGCUUAGCGCCGAGCCGGCUGAGAGGAAGAUGUGUCCGGUGCAGGGCUUGGGCCGCUGCUCUCCCCACUUCGGUCACCGCCCCUGGAAACCCCUUUUGUAAAGCCUAUACAGUUCAGACAGCCAAGAGUAUGUCUUCAACUGCUGCUACAGAGGUUUAUUCAAAAGCUUUAGCUGUUUGCCAUGGACCACUGGACCACUAUGACUUUCUGAUCAAAGCUCGUGAGCUAAAGGACGAUGAACAUCAAAGAAGAGUCAUACAGUGUUUGCAGGAAUUACAUGAGGAACUUAAAGGAUACAGUAUAGAGGCAGAAGGCCUUUUUUCUAAGCUUUUUUCAAGGAGCAAACCUCCAAGGGGCCUGUAUGUUUAUGGAGAUGUUGGUACAGGGAAAACAAUGGUGAUGGACAUGUUUUAUGCUUAUGUGGAAAUGAAGAGGAAAAAACGGGUUCAUUUUCAUGGUUUCAUGCUAGAUGUUCACAAAAGAAUACACCGCCUUAAACAGAGUUUGCCAAAAAGGAAACCAGGAUUCAUGGCUAAAUCAUACGAUCCAAUAGCUCCUAUAGCUGAAGAAAUCAGUGAAGAAGCAAGUCUUUUAUGUUUCGAUGAAUUUCAGGUCACUGACAUUGCUGAUGCCAUGAUUCUGAAACAGCUUUUUGAAAAUCUGUUCAAAAACGGGGUCGUCGUUGUGGCAACAUCCAACAGGCCACCGGAAGAUCUCUAUAAAAAUGGACUCCAAAGAGCUAACUUUGUACCAUUCAUAGCUGUCCUGAAGGAAUACUGUAAUACUGUCCAGCUAGAUUCUGGGAUAGAUUAUCGGAAAAGGGAACUUCCUGCUGCAGGAGAACUCUACUACCUAGUCUUCUCCAUUCAUAUCAGUCCUACUUCUGACACUAGUGCAUGGUGUCACAGUGGAGCCAUGAUGGUAUUGAAGAGAAGAUACCAUACAGCACAAGUGAAGCUGAUGUGGAGGCUGUCAUGGAUAAGUUGUUUGAUGAGCUGGCUCAGAAACAAAAUGAUUGUACUAACUAGACCAAGGAUUCUAAAAGUGCAAGGCAGAGAGCUGCGGCUGAAUAAAGCCUGUGGAACCAUUGCCGACUGCACAUUUGAAGAGCUGUGUGAGAGACCACUUGGAGCCAGUGACUAUUUGGAACUGUCAAAGAAUUUUGAUACAGUAUUUUUACGAAACAUUCCACAAUUUACCCUGGCAAAGAGGACCCAAGCUCGGAGAUUCAUAACUCUCAUUGAUAACUUCUAUGAUUUCAAGGUGCGCAUAAUUUGCUCUGCAUCAACUCCCGUAUCAAGCUUAUUUUUGUAUGAACAUCAUGACAGUGAGUUGGAGCAAAGCAGAAUACUGAUGGAUGAUUUGGGGCUGAGCCAGGUUGUUGUUUUGUUUUGUUUUUUGGUAACCAGGACUCAGCAGAAGGACUCGCCAUGUUUACUGGAGAAGAGGAAAUCUUUGCAUUUCAGCGCACAAUUUCCCGACUCACAGAAAUGCAGACUGAACAAUACUGGAAUGAAGGGGACAGAAGGAAGAAGUAGCCGUCACUUUUGCAUGAAUAAAACUCUGGGCAAAUCAUUACCGCAGGGAGAACUCUUUAUUAUGGGACUUGAAGGAAUCAUUUUCUCAUCAUUAAUUAAGCACUUGGUCCUCUGGACCAUUUUUAUCUAAAAUUGCUGUCAAAGAUGUAGUGGAUUAGUAAGUUAAAGCCAUUUUUAGGUCUACUUUUUGCCUAUUUAUUUGGCCUUAUUUCUGCACCACAAAAUUAAAAUCAGCACUUCUGAAGUUGAAUGUAGGACUAGGCAUUUUGGUUUCAUAUUAAGCCACCUGAAUGAACCUUGAACACACACACACACACACGGUAAAUGCAGGGUGUCGGGAAAUCUCUAAGCUUUGGCUACAUGGUAGCCGCACAAUAGAAACACAUCUUUAUGAGAGGGGAAGAAAAAAC